GUCACAGCAAUGUCAAAUGUGCCUCCUUCCUGUUCUGAAAUAUACUUUACGGAUGUUUUAGGUGUACAAUAAUGUAAUAAUAAGCACAAGAACUUGUAGUCAGGUCACUUCAGGCAUUUCUGCUUACACUGCGUUAGUACAGCGACAGAUCAAUUGUAGCUUCGCUGGAAACAAUCAUCACUGUUCAACACACAUUUGUAAAAGCUCCAUCCAACAGUCAACAAUUUUGAUUCAACAAAACUUAGCACUUUUCCAUUUGCACCUCUACGAAUGUCUACGAAACGAUAACACAGGCAAAUCAACAGGAGUGAAAGACAGGUAUAGAGGCAGAGAAAGAAAGAAGAAAAGCAGCAAAGUGAUCGUUGCAUCAGGUUGCAUCAGUGUGUCAUUGCAUCAGAUCUCAGGAUUGAAAAAUACCAAAUAAAUACAGUGUACACUUUACACUUAAUGAUGAUGUGCUACAAAUGGGUGGUGCUGAGAUUUUGGGAAUAAAGAGCCCUGAAAAGCUGAGUUCAGUCUCCCAAAGCCAGCAGAACAAACAGCGUAAUGGAAAACUGUUCCAGUGUCUUGAGUCCACUGUUGGAGAAAUAUUACCUCUCACCAAUGUACGGUCUGGAAUCUGCUAUCGGCUUCAUCGGAAACCUAGUGGUGGUCCUAGGCUAUAUCUUUUGCCUCCCUACUUGGAAGUCCACUAAUGUGUACCUGUUUAACCUGUCUGUGUCUGACCUCAUCUUCCUGUGCACUUUACCUGAGCUGUCUUAUAACUAUGCAUACAACCAGAAGAAAUUCAAUUCUUCACUAUGUGUAAUUAAUCGUUAUAUCCUCCAUGUGAACCUGUACUCCAGCAUCCUUUUCAUGAUGUGGGUAAGUGUGGACCGGUUCUUACUGAUGUGUCACCCACAGCGAGAACACAUCCUGUUGACUCUCAAGGCCUCACUGUGCAUCACCAUCCUGAACUGGAUCUGGGUGAAUAUUCAAAUCGCUCCUCUCAUCGUCUUCAUCAUCCAGGACUUGGAGGAAAAUAACUGGACAGCGUGUCGUGAUUUUGCGAGUCUGGGAGUUCCCCGAGUUAUUCUGAUCUACAGCAUAAUUCUCACUAUAAGUGGAUAUGUGAUUCCCCUUAUAGGUUUGUUCCUAGCAUCACAAAAGAUGGUUUCUGUUCUCAUUAAAAGAGAAGAGAUGCGUGGGAAAUCUUUCCAAAGGCCAGUAAGGAUUGUGAGGUCUGCAGCAAUCAUGUUCCUGUUGCUCUACACACCUCUCCACGUCAUGAGGAUUGUCCGUAUUGUGUCUCGGCUUCCUGACUUAAAUUUGUCACAGUGUGUUGUAGACUACAUCAAUUCAGCUUUCAUACUGUCGAGGCCAAUUGCCUAUUUACACAGUGCCAUCAACCCUGUGUUUUACUUCCUCAUGACAGACAGUUUUAAAGAAGCUCUGCAGGACAAAUGGAGGCAGAUUAAAAGGAUGAUAAUGAGAUCGUCAUAAACAAGUCUGACCUAUCAAGCAAAGGCAGAGAUGAUAACAAGUGACUUCACAGUUGGGUGACAAAUUAAAGCAAAAGCAAACAUAAAGUGUCUUAGUAAAGUCCCUAGAACUGUAUUGGAGAGAUAAGAUUUAAUUCGUUUGUUUUGAUGAUAACAAGUACUCUCUAACACAUAUAUAACAUAUUAUUUAUAUUUAAAUACUCAUUAAACCGUUCUAUUAGCUCUUGUUCCCUGUAGACAGACUGAGAAAGUUCCCAGAAGAACAGAAAUGUUUGAUCACAGAGUAAAGGUCAUCAGUCAUAAGCACUCUGUACUGUAUUGAAUGCAGUGACCUCUGAUUUCACUGUCAGAUUAUAAGUACUAUACCGUCUGUUGAUAUGAUGUGAAACUUUCUCAUAGACUUCGUGAAUCGUUUUUCUCAAGCCAUAAGUAUGAUGUUAACUUUAUUCUUGUUGUAAACUUUUACCAGAGAAGACCAGGAGACUCGGACGACUGCAGCAAAAAGGUUCACGACAUCCUGCUUUCACGAUAGUCAAGUUCGGAUGUAGAUUAUAAUGGGUUUUAUUUUACAUUACGAAACUGAAAAUAUUCUCCAUUCACAGUGAGAGAAGUUUGCGUCAUCAGACACCUAAGCAUGUUUUGUCUGUACAUUGGUUCAUUUUCUGUUUUUAGGAUGGAAAAAAGAAGACCGAAGAUUUCACUUAGCUCAAUAUUAUCUUCAGGUCUAAAGAUAAACAGGUCUAAAAAUCAUCAUUAAUUAUUUCUUUGUUAUUUUUCAUGAAAAUGGAGCCAAAUUGGAUGUUUUAGACUAAAAGUUCUUGUUAUUAAUCAGUGUCUCUGUGCUAUCUUUACAUUUAUUAGUGAGGUACACUAUUAAUUAUACUAGUAUCACAAUUACCCUAUUUAGUAACUUAUUAAACAUCUGUAGUACUUGGUCAAAUUAAAUGGUUACAAAUAGCUUUUUCAGACGUGCACCUGUAGGGGGCGCUGUUGUCUUAGCGGUAAAAUACUAUUCUGCUGGAACGCUUGUUAUUACUACUUAACAAUUAUGAAUAAAAUCGGACC